AUGGGCUCCGGUUGCUGUUCCAAAGACAAGGAUGGCUCUCGAGCUCUGGAGGGCAUGAGAGACAGCAACGCCGUCCUUGGAGAAUCUCCAGUCGGCGGUGAAAACUGCGUUCUUGCCGUUGCUGCCUUCGAAUGUGAGAAGGACUGCGAUGAUGACUCCGCUCACAAUGAGGCGGUCGGUCAUAAGCAUGCCCAUGGCAAUGAUGGCAAGCAUCCUACAUCUGCCUGUUCCGAUCAUAUGAACAAGGCCUUUGAGAAAUAUGCUGCCUACCUCGAGAAUGCUCGCUGCAUCUGCCGAAGCAUCCUAGACCGUGGCUUCAGUUCCACCUGCUGUGCCAGCCAUAAGAAGGAAACUGUUCCGAACUCUGGUCCCAGUACCUCUGCUGACAAAGAGGGACAUGGCCUGUCUAGUGCCCAUGGGCUGCGUACCCGACGGCACCACCACCAUCCCAAGUCAAGCGGCGUGAAGUACCGUGGCGCCCAUCUCCACGGUAUUGAAGCUCAUAACCAGGACUGCAUCUCGGCCGCCCAUGGCCAUGAUGACCACGGAGACCACAGCGACCACGGUAGCCAUGAUGACCAUCCUCACUGCUCUGGAAACGGAAUGACGUGCUCUGGCUGCGCUAACAAGGUCGAGCGCGCCCUGAAAGGUUCUCAAGGUGUGUCUCAAGGUGUGUCACACGUUCGCGUCAACUUUGUCAUGGGAAAUGCCUAUUUUGCUGUCGACCCUCGAAUCGGCAACGUCAACCAAAUCAUCCGAGAUGUCGAGAAGAGCACGGGAUUCGGCUGCGUUAAAAAGGCUGCCGGCGGCCAGACCAUCGAUGUUCUUUCCUCUGGUGCGUCGGCCAAGGCUCUUGCCAAUAUGGACAUAGCUGGAGUUACACAAAUUACUAUCACCAACAAGAAGAUGGUCCAAAUCGCCUACGACCCAAACACUAAGGCCAUUAUCUCUCUCGUCUUCGCCACCCUCGUGCAGCUCAUUGCCGUCCCUGUCUUCUAUCGCCCGGCAAUAAUGAUUCUAGUUCGCGAGCGGACCCUAGAGAUGGAUAUGCUCGUCACCAUCAGCAUCACCGCCGCUUACGCCUAUUCCCUCGUCGCAUUUGGGUUUCGCAUGGCUGAUAAACCCCUUGAAACGGCUGAAUUCUUCGAGACAAGCACGUUGCUCAUCACGCUCGUCCUGCUCGGUCGCUUGAUAUCUGCCGUGGCUCGCAUUCGGGCCGUUGCCGCCGUCUCUCUGCGAUCUUUGCAAGCUACUACUGCGACCAUUAUCGAGGAUGGCGUAGAAAGGGAGAUUGACACCCGCCUUCUCCAGUUUGGAGAUCGGUUCACGGUGCAGCCUCACUCCCGUAUUCCGACCGACGGCCGCAUCACCAAAGGCGCAAGCGAAGUGGAUGAAUCCAUGCUCACAGGCGAAAGUGUUCCCGUGUCCAAGAAGCCCGGAGAUGUAAUCAUUGCUGGCACAAUCAACGGUUCUCCCCCCCUCCAGGCACAGGUCACUCGUCUCCCCGGCAAGAACACUGUAACCGACAUCGCUCAGCUCGUGGAAGAAGCGGCCGACUCUAAGCCUAAGAUUCGAGACUUAGCCGAUAGGGUAGCCGGAUGGUUUGUCCCUGCCGUGGCGGUCAUCGCCGUCAUAGUCACAGUAAUAUGGAUCGUUAUUGGCCUCAAGGGUACGAAGCAGCCAGCGUUCAAGGCCGUGCCGGACGCUGUCACGUACGCUAUCGCCGUGCUUGCCGUAUCUUGUCCAUGCGCCCUCGGUCUUGCCGUUCCGAUGGUCCUUGUCGUGGCAGGUGGCAUCGCCGCCCGCGGUGGUGUCGUGAUUAAGUCUGCCGAGUGUACUGCCACAGCUCGCAAGGUCACGGAUAUCGUAUUUGACAAAACGGGAACUUUGACAGAUAUUAAGCCCGCCCCCUUGAGCAACGUCCACUCCGUUCCUGGUGCCGGUGUUGAAGCAACGGACUCUGGUGGCGCGGUUUUCCGAGCAGGAAACCCGCAGUGGACCAAUAGUGAAUCUAACCCUACCGUGUCUGCUCAGCUAUCGGCAGGCAUGACUCUCCUCCUGGUAACCAGCAACUCAAAUCCAGUGGCACUUUUUAGCCUUCGCACCUCUCUCCGCCCCGAAGCUGCCACCGUAGUGUCACCUCUCACGGCCCGUCGUAUCGCCGUACAUAUCGUUUCGGGUGACCAAACACAGGCCGUUAAUGCGAUAGCCUCUCUAGUCGGAGCCCCCCCGGAGAACGUCGCAGCGCAGCGCACCCCCGCCCAGAAGCGCGACUACGUAGCCUCCCUCAUGGCUCGUGGUAAGAACGUUCUUUUCUGCGGCGACGGCACAAACGACGCCGUCGCUGUCGCACAAGCCAACGUUGGCGUUCAGCUCAGCGGUGGCCAGGGUGAGGCCGUGUCCGCUAGUGACGUCACUCGCGGUGCCGCCGAUGUCGUCCUCCUCUCUGGACUCAACGGCAUCCCUUUCCUCCUUGACGUCAGCAAAGCUAGCUAUCACAGGAUUGUAUUCAACUUCGUCUGGUCCGCCGUGUACAAUGUCCUGGCUAUCCUUCUGGCAGCGGGGGCCUUUGUCAACAUCAGGAUCCCUCCAGCGUACGCCGGCCUGGGCGAGACUGUCAGCGUUCUGCCUGUCAUCUUCGCUGCAAUGACUAUGCUGGCUCUAAACUUUCGCUCCUAG